UAUUCGCCGACCGCAUUUUUAGGAGUGGCAACUCAGGUCGGCGUGGGUUUCGAUGAAUAUUUUUGUAAGCGUGGGUUGAUUGAUAAUUAUUUACAUGGAAUUGAUAGAAUAAAAAGUGCACCAACACCGUCAUAUUAUAAAUAUAAGCCACAACGAGGUAACCGGCCCAUCUCAGCUACUCCUAAGCGAAAAGUCGCUGUUACAAGAAGAAAAUUGUUCCUGCCAAAGAUGCCGCAACAGUACAGUCUAAAAUGGAACAACCACCAGCCGAACUUUAUAUCGAUGUUCACGACCUUCCUCAACACCCAAUCCAUGGUCGACGUGACCUUGGCGACCGAUGGCCAACAGCUCUCAGCACAUAAGGUGGUUCUGGCCGCCUGUAGUACAUACUUCCAAUCGCUGUUUGUCGAUAACCCGGCGCAGCAUCCCAUAGUCAUACUGAAAGACGUCACGUUCGCGGACCUGAGAAUCAUAGUGGACUUCAUGUAUUGCGGCGAGGUCAACGUGACGGAGGAGCAGUUACCUAAGGUGCUGGACACCGCUAAGCACCUCAAAAUUAAAGGCUUGACCGAGAUGCCGGAUUCCACGUCUCUCACAAGAUCUUCGGCAAAUAAUGCGGAGUUCCAAAACCAAGGGGACUCGUUAGAUUCACAUCGGCAGUCCCCAGCAGUUUCACCGUCGACCAAACGCAAAAGGCGCAGACAAAGCUCGAGUGGCUCGGCUUCAAUGAGUAUGCUGGAGGAUGUCCGGGCGGACGUUGGAGCGCAGGCCGGCGCUGGAGGAGACACCGUCACUCUCAGCAGCGUGCCACAGCACCGCCGUAGAGAAUACCACGAAAUCCGCACUAUUGAUAACGCUCAGCAGACCACCGAAAACACAGAAAAUGCACCAGUCAACCAAUCAGCACUAAUGGAAAACGCACAAGCCGUUAUGCCUCAAGGUCCAGCAAACCCGAAUUGUGAAGGCAGUUGGCACCGGCGGACCAAGCAUUUCAAGCGGCAGUCUCGCGUGGCCGACGAGCAGAACAUACGCAAGCAGACUUCGGAACCCCUCCCGCCGACCCCCGCCGUCACCAAGCCCACGCCCACGCUUCAGAAACACGAGUCUUACCCACAAUACAGCGCUUCGAAGGGUCUACUUACACGGAAGCCGCGGAUUGAACAAGAAGUGAGCUCAAUAUGCGGGUUGCUUAUCCGAGCCGUCUCAGCCGCCGAUCGCCAAUCCUCGACCACCACCACCGCCACGUCUACUUCAGCAUCAUUCGAGUCUAGCACGUCGGACACGUCGCAGACGCAACGAGCGAGCCAUACCCCCGCCGUACGCUCCGGCCCCCCCCUCAGCUGCAACUUCUGCUGGAACACAGUCGACGAGUGCGGGCGGAUCUUGCGACGGAAGACGCAGUACCACUGCCCCGAGUGCCGCACCAACCUCUGCAUCGUGCCCUGCUUCCACGAGUACCACGACGGCCCGGAGAGCGACACCAACGCGAACGCUCGGUGAAGCCAUCCGUCACACGGGACAAGGCGUUUGUCAAAGAAAUGGUGGCUCUUCAGCCUCAACCCUUAAGGUAUGACCAGUUUUUCUGAAUAGGACAGGAAUUUUUUGAUCGAUGUCGCUCUAUUUUGAACUCUAAAUCUGAGUAUUAAAGUUCUUCAAAUUGAACUCGUAGAAUGAAGUGUCGUUGCAGUAAAUAAUUACGGCAUUUUAACCAUCAUACGUUAUGUAGUAUAAUUGUAUCUCUAUAUUGCAUAUUUAUUCGUAGUAGGUGUAUAUUUAAUCCCGGAUCUCGAACAUGGUAGAUUUAAUGUUUUACGAGUACAUUACAUUUUAGGCACAUAUAACGAAUCUUAAAUAUUAUUGGAAUGAAAUGUUUACUGGUUUAUCGGUUGGGGUAAGGUUUUUUUGUGUAUGAUGGAAUAUUAAGAGAAAUUAAAUUGGAACUUUCUCAAGAUUCCAAGUAGUAACGUCAAUGUCUUAUUGUAUAAUACAUACUUUUGUGUCAAUAUAAAUAUAAUGGAAUCAAUAUUUCUUGUCGUUUGAUGAUACUGUGUGAUGGGUUAGGUAUUAAGAUUGUAUUUUCAUGAAGCGAAGUGCUCAUUUAUAUACUUUAGUGUGGACAAAAAUGUAUUCACCAUCAGAUUGACCUGAUUGUAGCUGUCUACUUUAAGAUGCACAGCUAAGUAUCAAAACUAGUCUGAUAUUCAUAAAAGGUAAAAUAAGUUUCAGGUAAUUUUUUAAAUAUUUUUUUGUGUUUGUUAACUCGAAUUUGAAAAUGUUUAUUUCGUUAUGACUUUAUAGUUUAUGCAACGUACCAUUUCUUUGGCAAAUGCACUAAUUAUUUAAAUAUUUUUUCUUAUGCAAUUUGUAAAUAGUUAUAAUUAAGUUAAAUAUUAAAGCGGUGCGACCGUUUCUCAGUAUAUUGUUAAAACAUUUCUCUAUUGUUUAUGGAUAUAGUAAUAUAAUAUUGUGAUUUACCGAUGAUAACUGUGGAGGAAAGUGAGAAACUUAAUUGCAUUUUAAUAUGUCGUUAUCGGUAAAUUAAAAUUAAAUUGUACAUCGAUGUUAGGGUUAACAAUGGGUGUCAUACACAACGUGAUUAUAGGUGUAUACAAUAAUUAUAUGUCACAUAUCGGUCCGUAGGUCAAGUAGUGAGGUAGUUCGAGUAUAUUGUAACUUUGCUGCAAGCACGUAUAAUAUCUAUUUAAAAUGAUAUGAUCAGGAUUAAUGUGUAUUCGAUAUUUAAAAGUAUCUUCUGCUCGCGUCCCUCAGGAACUACUUGCGAACCAGGAUUUUUUUUGCCUAUGGCCUUUCCCGGGCAAUCUAGAACAGGAGUUCCUGAGAUUAGCGAGAGAAAUGUUUAUGCGUAUCUAUAUAUAUAUAUAUACACUAUAUGUGUACGUAGUUUACCCAUUUGGUAAAUAAGACGAUAUUUAAAUGACAUAAAAUAUUUAUGUAUUGACUUUAAUGCCAAUGCUAGUUGGUGAAUGUUUCGUAGGAAGAUAAAUGGAUAUUUUUGGAUUGUUGGAUAUUUUAGAACGUUGGCUUUUAGUGGCGAUCUGCCUUUUGGAUAUGAAAUCGUUUAAAAACGAUAACGUUGGCUUUGUGAAAUGUUCAGAUUUUUGAGCUGUUGGCAAUUUCGAACGAAGAGGAAAGUUAUGUAAGUUGUACUGUAAUCUUUUGGAAGUAUUAACUGUUAGGGAUUUUAAUGAAAACGAAUUAGACACUAAGAACUUUAGCUAUAUUGAAAAUUUUACGUGUUUCUUACGAUGUAGUAGAACCAUUUACUGAAGAUUUUAUGAAAAUAAAAAUUGUCGAACUUUACCAAAAUAGAAAUACGUUUUUGAGCCAUUUUUUACUAUAUUAUACGACUUGAUAAAAUUUCAACUACAUUCUAUGUGUCAAUGCACUUGUGUACCUACUUUGAAAAAAAAAAGUUUGAACAAUCAUUAUCAAAGUGAUAUCACUUACAUGUAGAGUACCUACAUCCUAACUUACGAAUUUACAGUUAACAUGUUACCUCCGACCUUGGAAUUGCUUUAAAAUUUAAACUUUACUAGCAAAUAUUUUGUAUCACAUAUCUUGUCCAAAAUCUCUAGGUAUAUCAAAUUAUUUCAUGAAAAUAUUAUCUAAGGUAAAAUGUUCUUUUCAAUUUCGGUAUUUUUGUCUAUUUUACAGACGGUCAUGUCAUCAUUACGUUCCAAACAAAGCGUUUCUUAAAUCAUCUAAAAUCCCGUUUGAUUUAUUAUUUAUUUCGACACCUUUCAGAACCAAUAUAUCCUAUUUCACCCAAAUACUAUCCAAAGUUCUAAAACAACGUAAAAUUGUACUCUCACUUCACACGGCUAGCAUAUCUCACAGUCAAUUAUUGAAAACAAUUAAUUUGUAACUUUAUCAAAAGUUGUAUAAUUUAUAUUCUCUCUAAAACACUAAUUAAGUCUCAAGUUGUACUCGUAUUUUUAUAUUUACAUGUUUCGAAAUGAAUUUUGAAUGUCAUAUCAUGUUUACAAAUAUCAAAGUUAUACCUAAUCACCUUUAAGUAGAUAUACAUAAUUCAUAUGGCGUACAGUAAUUAGAUAUAUUUUCAUUUUAAGUAUUUCUUUAAACUUGUGAUAACUUCGUGGUACGGAUACCUAGCCUAUAAUUAUAUUAGUUCAUUUAUCUUGCAAUAAAAAAUAUGUAUUAUCGGAGCCGUCACUUCAUCUUUACAUAAUUAUAUAUUAUAGGCGUUGCAUGUCUAAGGCAUGAUUUACCGAAUGCAACUUCAGCAAAUGCUGUGUUUUGCCAACCACAUUAUAUUGUAUAACUAUUUGCUGUGUUUUUAUGCAAGUUUAUAUAUUAUAACAUAAUUAUAUUGUUCUCCUCUUGAUUAUGUGUCUAGAAUAUAAAAAAUAUGUCUUAAAACACAUAGUUGAUAAUUGACGCAUGCCAUAUCUUAAUUGGUGUCCAUACCAUAUCUUAGGAUGAUUUGUAACACACACCUGUCGAGGAUAAUGUUCUGGUCAAGGUUUGUCAAGCUUUAUGAUGUUAAAACCAUAAUUAAUAGGUCGAAGAAUGUACUUCAAAGUGUAUUUUCUCGGGUACUUCUACAAUAUAAGCCAUAAGCUUGUAAGUAUAAUUUUUAUAACACGGUGGUGUCUUUAACAGAAUAUGUAAAUAUUAUUUUAUAAUUGUACGUUAUUAACGAUUGGGUAUUGUCAAGCAGUACAUUUCACAUGAUGUUUCUAUUGCAAUAAUUAAUCAGAUUUUUGUGUGAAUGAAUAUAUACGACGAUCAACAUCGUCCUUGCUCUGAAAUAUCAAAUAUUAUAACUUGUUCCAUUACAGCCCCUGUACAGUCUGUAACUGAGAUAAAUAGAACUUUUUUCGCAUAAAAAAAAAAAAACAUUUAAAGUUCAGGUUUUCAGUAAAAUCACAAUUGGAUUAAGAUCUCACUCAAGUCAUCACAUAAAUAACAAUUAAAUAUUUGAUUGUUGUAUUUAUUAAUAUGACGGUAAUAAUCAGUGUAUAUUUAAAGAUGAUCAAUCAUAUUAUUUAAAUAGAAGUGUGAUAUAUAAGUAAUACUUAAUCCAGAAUACUUAUUCACGCCAUUCUUUUCUGAGUGAUUUGUGCUAGGCAUCCUGCACAGAGAAAUGUAAUUAAGAAAAUAACUUGAUGUUUCCGAAAUAUUGUAUUGGAAUAUUAAUAUUACAGAUUUUAAUGUAAACUGUACUACGUAGCGAUGAUUCCAUGUUAUGUAAUAGUUAUUGAUGUCUCAGUGUCGAAAUGUUCUGGACUCCUUACUCUUCAAAAUAAACUGAUUUUCUGUA